AUCAAGUUUUCUUCAUCAAUUGUUAAACAGCCAAGCACUCAACACGCAGCUUUAUUUCAUACUUUGAUCAAAAAGCCCCAUGGAACAAUGGAUUUGUCUGUCCUACCAAAUAACAACCAUCCAGAUAAAUUUCUGCUGCUUGAUGUGAAUGCUUUACCAGUGGGCUCCACACUUUUUCAGACUGGUAUUGCAGCUUUCAAUGGGAAACAGAAGUGGCAAAAUAGAGUGUACUUGCAGCGGGAACUGAGAAAAGUUACUGGACAAGAAGAAUCAGAAAGAAGCGAGAGAAGCCCAGUUACUGAUCUUCUUGACAGAGAUCUUGGUAAACAUAUUACACCAGUUACUUUGAGACCUAAAAUCAAGAAGAAUCCUCUGUAUUCAGAUAUCACAACCAUUUAUGACAGUUAUGAGCAGAAAACUAACAAGCCAUCAUGGACUGUCCAAGACUAUGAAAAGAGGUCAACACAUGCACAUCUAGCUGAAUACAUAAAGGAGGAUCCUAAUGACUUAAAAUACUGGAUGUCCGAUAUCUACACACCAGGCUAUGAUUCCUUGUUGAAAAAGACAGAGAAUGAGAAGAAAAGAGCAAAGCUACACAAAAUAAUAAUUGCUGUCUCAUUAACAGUCUCUGCCUUAGUAAUUGUUAUUACUGUAACUGUCAUAUUUGCAUAAGUGGUCAGUAAAGCAGCCAAAUAAACAUUCUGAUUAACUCCAACAAGU